AUGUGGGGGAAAGUCACCGAAGGCAGGACGAACAGCCCGUGGACAGGUGGAAUUGGCCUAGUGGGAGAAAGGGGAGUGUGGGGAGAGAUCAGGACAGAGGCAGAGCCUGGUCACGUGCGGAGCGCUCUAGCCGUGCACCCCAGGUACACUGUCUGGCCCACCCAGUUUACUCUUUUGAAAGACGGCGCCGAUAAAGAUUCCCAUUUCGAUGGGCGGUUGGGAGGAGUCAUGACACGCAGCGAACGCUCCGCUGCGGCGGGAGGUGGGGUAACUUAUGCAACAAGCGUUUGUCGAGCGACUGUGUGGUGCCGAGGCGAGGAGCGCCGGCUCCGAGCGGCCCCGCGCCUCCCCUCCCACCAGGGCGCUUCGCGCCUGCGCGCGUCUCUGGCCGCGCCUACCUCCACUCUGUCCGGCCGGGGAAGGGCCCGACGCAGCCAGCGCCAGUCAGCCCGGUCCCCGGCGCGGACAACAGUGACCCCCGAGCGCCGGGAGCGCACAGGCAGUCCCUGUCUACGGGGUCCUUUCGGUGCCCGCCCCGCACCCCAGCCCGACCACAGCCGGAAGUCGACGGCCCGAGGCGGAAGGGGCGUCGCCGGAAGCCCCUUCGCGGGACGCUGCCACGUCGCGGGAGGUUGCGGUGGAUCCGGGGCCGGGGGGGAAGGGGCCGGCACCAUGGCAGAUUGGUCUCGGGCUCAGAGCUCCGGUGCCGUGGAGGAGAUGCUAGACCGGGAGAACCUGCGCAUGGCCGACAGCCUGGCCUCCAAGGUCACCAGGCUCAAAGCGCUGGCCCUGGACAUCGACAGGGAUGCGGAGGACCAGAACCGGUACCUGGAUGGCAUGGACUCGGACUUCGCCAGCGUGACGGGCCUGCUCACGGGGAGCGUGAAGCGCUUCUCCACGAUGGCACGGUCCGGGCGAGACAACCGGAAGUUGCUGUGUGGUGUGGCCGUGGGCCUGAUCGUGGUCUUCUUCAUCCUCUCCUACUUCCUGUCGAGGGCAAGGACGUGAGCUGGGGGAGCUGGCCUCCGUGGGUGCCCGGGGCAACCAGAGCCUUCCCCCGCCUGGUGUCCAGGGCUCCAGUGGACCUCCUGCAAAAGACUCCCUUGAGAUGGUGGCUGUGGUCUAGGAAUCUUCCUGUGUGGCGUGAGGCCCCGCUGUGAGGCCCCGCUGAGCCGGAGCCCUGUGGGCCAGCGCCCACAUCUGAGCGGAGCGGCUGGGAGUCCUGGACGUGGCCACCUGUGGACAGCCCUUCCCCGGUCCUGCGGCCUCUGACAUCGCAGGGCUCCUGUGCCCUGAGUCCCGGCCCAGGGGCGGCGGUUGCUCUGGGCCGGGUGUGUGUGGGCGGACCCUCGCUGAGGGCCCCCCACUUGCCCCGCCUGCCUUCCCGCCCCACGUCCGGAGCCAGCCGGUGUGCGAGGGUGCGGAUGGAGCCGUGGACUGGUUCCGGCUGGAGGCCCUGCGCCCCGUCCUUUUGGAUUCUGCGGCCGUAUAUCCCAGGGCGGGGACCCACGCCUUCUCAGGGUGAGGAUCCUCCCAAAGACGCGUCCCUGAGGCCAGGUCGCCGGGAAACGAGGCUCUGGGGGCUCAGCUGAGCGUCCAGGUCACGGGGGCUUGUGGGUCUCGACAGGACCCCCUUGGUAGGACCCACGGGUCACUUCUUGAGAGUCACCGGGCUGUUUCUUCUGUACCAAGCCAAGCUGUGCCUCCCUCAGGGAGCCUCCCCUUGCUGUGAGGGGGCCCUGGGCCAGCCCCUCACCCCACCUUUCACAGACUCUCCUCCCUGGCCACCCGUCCUCCGGCCCUGGCUGCCCACUUGGCCAGCUGCACGUACCACCAACCAGACCCCAGGCCCGGCCAGGCCAGCGGCUUCCCCCCCAGUGAGGCCCCAGCGCCCUUGCCUUCACGUGGAGACUGGUGAUGGGUUCGGCGUCCUUCCCUGUCCUCAUGCCCAUGCUCUGCCUUCCUGGUCAUCCCCCCCAUACUGCCUGGGGACGGGGGCCCCCCGCCCGCCCUCCUGUGUGGUCCCAUCCACGGGCCUGUUGGCUCCUGCCUUCCCGCUGCUCCUCCCGGCAGGCCUGGCAUGGUCACCACCUGGCACGGUGUCCUCUCUUUGGCACACAUGGACGGGCCCCUCCGGCUCGGGGCUCUGCCUUGUCAGCCCCACCGUCCGGCACAGGCUCGCUUGCCACCGAGGCUGCCGGCCUGCCUCUGUCUCGGUCUGCCUCCCCUUGACGGUGCAGCCCCGGGUGCUGCCCUGUACGCUGGCAGCCCUGGGCACCUCCGCUUUGGCUCAGCGCCCCCGCACCCCCUGGCUCAUCUCAAGUGCAUGGGGACUUGUCCACAGUUUACCAAGCGGCACAGCGGCUGCCCACACGUCUCCCCACUGCAGUCUGCUCCCUGCAGACACCGGAACCCGAGCGCCUGCCCCCGACCCCUCUGUGGGCCUGUGGUGCCAGCCGCACACCCUGGGAGCAAGCCCUGGCCGGCACCAGGUCACCACCGAGGGUGGCUGUGCCCCCCCGCCGCCGGUGCACACCAGGAGUGCGGGUUCUGUGCCCACUGUGCCCUUGGGUCGCUGCUCUCUCCUUGCAGCUUCUGUUCGUUUGGGAGCCUGGGGGUCAGCUCCUUUCUGUCUUGCUUGUUUCUCGCUCUCACUGUGUUGGGGGGGGUUGGCUACUCAGCCAGAUCGGGGUGUCCUGUGGGCUGUGCCCUCCUCACUCAGCGCUGUGCACGCAGUGCUUGGUCCUGGGCACUUGGUCCUGGGGGCGGGAGGGGUUUGUUGAC